AUGCAUAGCUCCAUUUGCAAUCCCUCAUUUAACGGUCCACUGACAGUGCAGUAUUUACGAGCCAAUUUAUCAGCCCCCAUUUCUAAUGCGCAGUUACCUACCCCACCUCCCCGAAUCAUCGGUGAACGGAAAUGUUGCGGCUACAACCACUGUACGACAAAGGUAGUAGACAAACUUGUUCACCUGGGUAGCUGUAUCAGUCCAGGUGACCUCACGAAAGAUGAUAUUUCCAUGCGGAUCGGGAAGGCCAGAUCAGCUUUUUUGAACCUGUGGCGAAGACAUGACAUGAGCUUAUUCGUCAAGGGUGCAAUUUGCAAUGCUACGGCGCGCUCCGUAUUACGAUAUGGAUCAGAGUUCUGUGCGCUGCGCGACUAG